ACCACUACUACUCCCUCGCCGGAAAACGUAGAAACGACGCCGUAUGAAAGCUAAGCAUUGCAUUGAACUGGAUUUGGUUUCUGCGUUUGUUGCGAAAGAAUGAGGUUAUCUCUCGCAGGGUUACGAAGUUCGUUGCCCUUUUCUGGGCUAAUUAGGCAGCUUGAGAAAGAUGUAGAAACUGUGGUUAAGGUGCUGCAGCCUGGACCUUUGGGAAUCAUAGAGCAUAAGUUUUCUGCCGAAGAGAUUCGUAGUGCUAAUGCUACCGUUGCUAUAGCAGUAGCUAAUUGGCGAAGAAAUGCAAUCCUUGAGGACAAUAAUCAUAUUUUGAAAGACUAUAUUCGCAAGUGAUUGUUACAAGUUAGAAUAUUUCGACAAAUCAUUUAGAUGAAAUCAGUUCUGCCCUCAAAUUGCCUUCUGUAAUCAUUUGUGAUGGAGAUGCUAUGCUUAUUUUCUCAAAUAUGUUUUCAUUUAGAUGUUUAAUGUUGUAAAUGUUGGUUAUUGAUGAUAAGUUCGCUGAACACAAGUUGAUAAUAUCUUAACUCGGGUAAACCAGUUACUAGUUAUGUUUUACUAUAAUGACAAUGGGGAGCGACUUGGUUUUUUUUCA